AUGAGGGGGGCAGUGGUGGUGGUGGCUGCAUUGGUGGUAUGCGGUUGGGGGAAUGUUCAGAUGGCAAGUGCGGACACGAGUCCCAGCCAGUGCAAAGAGGAGAGGAACCUGCUGGUUAACGCUUGCAGGCCAGUGAUCUACGGGCGCAGCCCAUCUGCGGAUUGCUGCCAGCGCGUUCGAGUGAGCCAUGAGGAGUGUGUGUGCUCCUACGUCACUCCCAAGACCGCCUCCAUCAUUGGGGUCAUUGGUGUUGACAACGUGGUUAAGAAAAUUGAAGGGUGUGGAAGGACAGUGCCUCGCAAAUACAAGUGUGGGAGUAUCAGUUUUAUUUGUUAG